AAUCAACCUUGCAAAAACGAGAGUGUCUAAAUUAGGAUUUAGACGUGACAUCCGUUAGUCAUGGGGCUCUUCGGUAAAACACCAGAAAAAUCACCAAAAGAAAUGGUCCAGGAAUGGAAUAGUAAACUGAGAAAGGAAGGACACAAUGUGGAAAGAAGUAUCAGAAGUAUACAGAAAGAAGAAGCUAAAGUAACUCGAGAGAUCAAGGCUUUGGCAAAGAAAGGCGAUAAAGAUGCUAUAAAGAUUCUGGCAAAGGAAGUUAUCAGGUCACGGAAGGCUGUGUCCCGUCUUUAUGCUUCCAAAGCUCAGCUCAACUCUGUCUCCAUGCAGUUGAAGAAUCAAGCAGCUUUGGUGAGGAUGACAGGUGCCCUUCAGAAGAGUGGGGAUGUGUUAAAAAGCAUGCAAGAGCUGGUGAAGGUGGCAGACAUUAGUAAUACCAUGAGGGAAAUGUCCAAAGAAAUGAUGAAGGCUGGCAUCAUGGAAGAAAUGAUGGAGGAUGCUUUUGAAAGUAUGGAUGACCAAGACGAUUUAGAGGAGGAGGCUGAUAGUGAAGUUGAGAAAGUCCUAUUUGAGUUGACUGCAGGUACACUAGGCAAAGCUCCAGAGGCUGUUGAUGAUUCACUUCCUGUGCAUGAAGAUGACAAGAAAAUGGAGGCUGCAGCUAAUUACUCCAGUGAUGAGGAAGAAGAUCUCAAGGGUCGACUGGAAGCAUUGAGGAGUUGAUUAAAUCCAUAGAUAUUUUCUUAUCAUCAUCAUCAUCAUUGUCAUCAUCAUUGUCAUCAUCAUCAUCAUCAUCAUCAUCAUCAUUGUAUGUGAGCUUGAAAGUGCUGGUCACUAAUUUUGGUGCAGUAGAAAUUCUGAACAAGAUCCUAUGCAGAAGACCACCAUUAUUUAGAGGCUUCCACUGUAUGGAUAUUCAAAAGAUUAUGUUUUAUUUACGUGUAUUAGAGUUAUAUCUGUACCAUGACUUGAACAAAUUACCGUAAAAUUAUAUAUUUUUGUAGGGUUACAAAUUCACGUUUUUUUAAAGGUAGAAAAUAUUUUGGCACUUGAUUUUGUUGGUUACAUACAUGAUGAAAUCACCUUGUACAUGUACUAAAAACUCACUAAAAAGUUCAACAAUUUACUAAUUUAUGGACAUGUGAAUUGGUUGAUGACAGUAAUAGUUCCUUAAGAUAAAAAAAAAGAUAAAACACCCACACAAAAAAUUGAAGAUUUUACACUAAGCCAUUUCCAUGUUAGUAUUUUUCUUAUCUAAUCAUAGGAUCUAUGUUAUAUAAAUUCUAUAUGAAAAAAUACAUAUAUGUACCAGGUCAUUUCACCAUCCAAAUUCAGUUCAUUAUUCAACUUUUCUUUUUUUUCUCCUUUUUUUUUUUGUUUUGUUUAUGUGUGUGUUUAGAUUUUAAUUACAUGAUGAUUAUAAUCUACAAAGUCUACACAAUUUAUUUAUGGUGUGAAAGUAUGUGCGAAUGAUGAGUUUGUCUGAGUUCUAAAUUGCAAAUAAUACAUGUAUCAUUUUAUUGCUGAAAAAUAGGUGCCUGUUACAUAUUCAUCCACUGAGAAAGGGUAUAUUGUGAUAUUUCUACAUCUGUUCAAAUUCUUAUUGAAAUACUGAAAUUAAGAAAACCAUAGAAAAAAACUAUGGUUAAAUAACCUGUGUGAAUUAUUGUAAGUGUUUCAUUUUUAAUUCAUUUUCUCUGUCCAUAAUGAAUUAUAUUGCAGUACAUACUGUGUUAGUGCUGAUAAAAAAAUCCAUCUCUAAUAAAUGCCCCCACACUUCCCUUUACAAGACAACAGGCCCAAAACAGAAUAUCCAGAUUUUCGUAGGGCAUUAAAAAAUGUUGUGUCACCAUUAAAUGUUAACUCCAUUAAAGAUAAAAGAGAUAAAACUGAAAACCAAGAAUUUUCUCUUUCUUUUAAAUAUUAGACAUCAGUGUACAUAUAUACCAGAUAGCAAUAUUUAAAAAAUGUACUUAUUUGUUUAUUGGGAGUCUGGUAUAGAGGAGUCUGCUAGUCCUGUAUCAGAAAUAUAGUUUUCUUAUGUUAUCUUAUAAGUGAUAAAUAGUAGGGAGGCUGAUUAUGUUGGUAUUUACUACAACUCUAACGAAGAAGAUAUAAAUACCAAGAGUGAAAUAUCAAACAGUUUUCAGGUUAUUUUGUCACUGCUUGUCAAGGAUUGGCUUUAAAAUAUGGAUACAUAGAAUGUAUCAUGUUGAUACAUUUGCCUUAUUUAAACACAAUAAGCUUUUAUUUUAAUUUAUCGAGAUCUACAAGUAUCAGAUAUAAUGUCAUCAUCACAAUAAUUAAACACUGUAUUCUCUUCUUGUACAGCAUGAUCAAACUUUGUACAUAUUUAUGGAAAAUGUAGAUAAUCUAUUAGAAUAAGUGUUAGUAACAUUAGACAGGUGUAUACUUAAAGGUCACUGGCAACAGUAUUUUGCAGGUCUCUAUAUUUUGACAUAGAUAUCACCUGGGUAGUACCCUGAAUCGAUUUUCACUUCUUGAUUCAGUUAUAGCCAAGUGUGUUCAUCUACAGGUGGUUUGAUUACCUGUUCAUGCUUUGACUUUUGCUGGUAGCUUUUGGGAAUGUUCAGCACCCAAAAUCUGUGACGGUGGUGACAGUAGGAGUCUCAUAUAUUGCGACUGGUGUAAACACAGUGGAAGUCUCAUACAUGUAUAAUGUGGUAGUUUUAUAAUUUGUCUGAUUACACCAGUGAUGGUUGUGUAGGGAUAUUAUAAAACAAGUGAAAAAUUAGUUUUUAAGACAUUAUCUGAAAUAAUUUUCAUGAAAAAUGAACUUUUUCUUUUUCAUUGCCGGUGACCUUUAAGGAUAAGGACCUAUUGAAAUAAGUGUUAGUGACAUCAGAAAGAUGUGUACUUAAGGAUGGAAUAUUAAUGUAUCAUUUUUUAAACCUGCAUGAUUUAUAACAGUAUACGUAGUUCUUAGAAACCUUAUAAUUUUUUUCAAAGUUGUGUUUGAAAUAUGUGAAUGUUGUUGGUUUGGCAAAUCACUUAGCAAAUAGAGUGAUUCUUCUUCCUAUAGUGUCAUGAUUUUUCUCUCAAAUAGGUGGAACUCUUUGACAUGGCCACUUUGUAAUCAUACCAUAUUCCUAUGACAUUUACAAAAUCUGUAAAUGACAUGGUCCAAAUAUUGUAACUAUUUUAAGUUGAAUACUAGAUAUUACUAACUCUCCCUCGUUCUGUUUUUUAAAAUGCAUGAUACACCGACUGGAAAUAAAUGCUACAGUUUUAUGUAAAAUCACUGAUCUAAAACAUAAUUGUUUAUUUGGUUUAAAUAAUAUGUAUUCAAUUAUCAAAUUAUACAUAUAAAUGGAUACAUUGAUUCAUUAUUAUGAAUGGUGAUUAGCAUGCACAAAAGUGUUUAGCUUAUUAGCUUACUUUCCCAAAAAUCAGAUCACUUAUGUUAAAGUAAGACACCUUCAUAUUCUCAGCAACCAUGAGGCCAAGAGUUGUAUUAUUAGGACAUAAGGACACAGAAACGAUUUUGAUCAAAUACUGAAUGACCUAGGCCCACUUAUAAAGUCACAUGGGUCAUAUUUGUUAAAAUACUAUAUGACUUUCCAAUGAUCAAGAAGCCUUUGGGUCACAAUACAUGGGCAAUUUCGGAUCCAAAGGAAUGACUUAAAUCAACCUUUUGUAGCCACAUGAGUUAAAUAAUGUGAUUCUAUAUCGUGCAUAUGUGUAUAACAUUACCAACUUUGAACCGAGAUGAAUUACAGGCUGAAUUUGGCAUCUUUGUUUUCUGAGUAGAAUAAGGUUUUCCCGAAGUAAAACAAGAAUCUUUUAAUUUGAUGUUUGAAACCAAUUUUAAUGUUACAACUAUUUGAACAUUAAAACCUGUAGUAUUUUCUACAUUUGAUAUAUAUCUUGUUUUGUGUGAUUGAUCACUAAUUAUGUCGUUCUCUGUAAAUUACACAAUGGUAUUAAUAAAUUUUAAUGUAG